GUUUUUAAUCCGACCGCUGCCAGGGAGAAGCAGAGGGAGAAACCAUAAGAAAGUAAGCAGCGAGCGGCAGCUUCUCUUCUUCUCUUCAGUGCUCCAAAAAUGGUUUCCUUCAGGUAUCACCAGUACCAGGUAGUGGGGAGAGGUCUCCCAACAGAAGCAGAUGAGCAUCCCAAGAUUUACCGUAUGAAGCUUUGGGCCACUAACGAAGUCCGUGCCAAAUCCAAGUUUUGGUAUUUCUUGAGGAAGCUGAAGAAAGUGAAGAAAAGCAAUGGACAAGUUUUGGCUAUCAAUGAGAUAUUUGAGAAAAACCCAACCAAAAUCAAGAACUAUGGUAUUUGGCUGCGAUAUCAAAGUCGGACUGGGUAUCACAAUAUGUACAAGGAGUACCGAGACACAACUCUCAAUGGUGCCGUAGAGCAGAUGUACAAUGAGAUGGCAUCUCGUCACAGGGUGAGGUUUCCAUGCAUUCAAAUCAUCAAGACAGCUACCAUCCCAGCAAAACUUUGCAAGAGGGACAGCACCAAGCAGUUCCACAACUCCAAAAUCAAAUUCCCACUCGUGUUCAAGAAGGUUAGGCCACCUACCAGGAAGCUUAAGACAACUUACAAGGCAUCAAGACCCAACUUGUUUAUGUAGUUGUCUUUAUAGUUAGUUGUGGGUAGGCUAAGCCUUCUAGGCUGAUUACUUCCCUUCUUAGAUUGAGAGGACAGAUCAAUUUUUGAGCAUUUUACGUUCACUUUCUAUCCCUUCAUGUUUUGAAGAUUUUGUGGUUUGAUAAGUUUACUUUUAAUUUGAUGAAUAUGGUCAAUUACAAUUUAUAAUAUUUGCUAUGUUUAUUAAAA